GGUGCUGCUGCAACCACAUAUGCUGGCUGCAGCAGCACCAUACUGGAACAGGGGUCAGCAAGUGUCAGUGGGAGGAAUAGUGCCCCAUCAUUGGUGUCACUGAUACCAAUGGGGGGCCAGACUGUGGUCAGUGGGAGUAGAAAAUGCCAUGGGUGUGUUUACUAAAUGGGAGUAAAAAAAAUGUCAUAAUUGGUGUCAGUGGGAGGAAUAGUGCCCCAUCAUUGGUGUCAGUGGGAGGAAUAGUGCCCCAUCAUUGGUAUCAGUGGGAGGAAUAGUGCCCCAUCGUUGGUGUCAGUGGGAGGAAUAGUGCCCCAUCAUUGGUAUCAGUGGGGGGAAUAGUGCCCCAUCAGUGGUAUCAGUGGGAGGAAUAG